CGAUGACUUUUCGUAGCGUGUAUAGUGUGUACUAAGUAGUUCUAUACUUAUGUAUUUUUUGUUUGCUAGUGUAUGUUCCGUCGAUGAUAAUUAUCUAGAGCAUCCCUUAUACAGACGGGAGUGCAGAUGCACUCGAAAAACUUGCGCGAUAGGAUAGUAAUAGGCACAUACUGUGUGUGUAAUCAGCAGUAAAGAGUGAAUGCAGUUUUUGUUCUCUCACUCUCUUCCGCUGUGGAGCUGGGUCGGAUAGCAAUUGCAUUGGAAGGCCAGGAUUCAGAGGGCUGCAUAAUUGCAGUCGUGCAGCGGCCUCGCGAACAUCAUGGAUCGAAUGAUCACCUUGAGCACGCAGAAUCCACUGACGUUGCUUCUUAAGUUUGGUAUGAUGGCUUGGAACAACACCUGCGCCAUCGAGAACUGCUCGGGACACGGCGAGUGCCAUAACGGUACAUGCUUGUGCGAGAUUCAAUACGACGGUCCAGGCUGCCACGUGCCGAACUCCAGCUAUUACAUGGCGUUCGCGACGAUAUUCUUCAUACUGGCGUUCGUGUGCCUCACACAGUUGGUUAUGUGUGUAAUUGCCGAAUGGCGAAAGAUGAAAGCACCGUCGUUUCUGAGAGCUUGCCGGGUGACCACGCAAAAAGUGCUCUACUUCGUCGUCUUUCUCGCGUCUCUCAUCAGGGGUGCUUACUUCACGUCUCCGACGUCAUUCCAAGCACCGUGGUCCAAAAGCCUCAUGUCGGCGUAUUAUCCACUGAUGUUGAGUGGCGCAUCUCUUAUCGUGUGUUUCUGGGCCGAGGUGUUUCAUCUACCCGACAUACGCACAGACAAGCCACAAUUUCUCUCCAAGUCGUACCUAGCAUUUGUUGUUUUCAACUUUCUCACCUUCUCUCUUUUAAUCCUCGAAGUGGUAACCUCACAAUACAAUGCACAAGAUGAGGAUGAUCAGGCUUUCUACACACAUGUCUUCAACGGCUGUUACGCCGUACUGCUCUUCAUCGUCGUCAUACUCUUCCUCAUUUACGGAAUCGAAGUAUUUUUCAAGGUUCGUGGAGGAUUUUUAAGUGAUAGUCAAGUGGCAUCAAUCGCAACGAAUAACAGAUUGGACGAAGGCACACGUAGUGAUGAUGAUCCAGUCACUGCGAAACUUUUCGAACCAAUACCAAGUACUUCGGCAAUGGAACCCACGUUACAACAAGAAGUCAAUACUUCACAAUUGCAUCAGUCGAGAUUCGGUUUAAUCUCGCAGGCUUUAAUGCUAUUUAUCGUCGUUGGCUUUCUAUUUAGCGAAACACUCAGUCAAUUUUGGAAAACAAAAGUACCCUUGUAUAGUCGAAACUGGCAUGAUGUGGUAUUUCGAGUUAUCGAGGUUGGUGCUGCUCUGUGGUUCCCGUGUGUGCUGUGGAAUUGUAUGAGCCCUGAACAAUUAUGGAUUUUGAAUCCGAAAAGAAUUCUCAAGAGACUAGACUUGGAUCAAACUAAACAUCCUAAGGAAAUUGAGCUGCAGGACAAGUCCAAAGCAGCUGAAGCUGAGCGACUUACCGAUAAUGCUUCAAUCAGUAGUAAAGACUGUUGCUGGAUUUGUUAUGACAGUGAUACACAGGACGCCGGUCCUUUAAUCCAGCCUUGUCAGUGCAAAGGAGAUGUCGGCGUGGUACAUCACAAUUGUCUUCGUAGAUGGCUUGUCGAGAGCUCAAAAAAUUUGGAUAGCCUCACAUGCAAAGUGUGCGGUACGCAAUACAACGUUGAGCAUGCAACCAGAUUGGAUUGGCAGAAUGGUUUAACACCGCGACACUGGCUGCAUACAAUUGGUCUUGUCGUAACGAUGUGUGGCUCAGCAGCCGCGGCAUGGAUAACUAUUCAACUCGUCGAAGAUCCUUUCAUAAGAAUGUUGGCUGCUGGUGCAGCACUUCUAAUUAUAUACGUUUGCAUAAAAUGCUUCAGUGUCAACACAGUAGUAGCUUAUCAGCGAGCCAAAAUAUCGUCCUUGAACAUCGUCAACGUAGACAAUAGCGGAGAUACUCAAGUUUCAACGAUCAGUCAUAGCGUGUCUGUCGAAUUGGCAAAGUAUUAAUAUUAAUUAUAUUCCGUUGUCGGAAUGCGAUAGAAACUAUAAAAUUUUACGGUUUCUUUUCCAUGUAUUUCAUGGACAGAAUUUAACCUUUACGUUAAACAUUACGAAAGAAUAUACUUUAUUCCUCUAUACAAACUUUUGUGUGUGGCGAUUGGUGAGGGCUGUUCAAAUAAUCUGUUGCAUUCUUCACCACUAAGAACGCAUAUACAAAUUGUGCCAUGAACUUUUUUUUUCUAAAGCAAUAAACGAAUGAUAAGUUUAAUGCGUUAUUUCAAAAAGCAAAGACAAAAUGAAAUUCAUAAUUUGUUAUUCAAAUAUGAAUACAAUCUUAAUUUUAUUUCACAUUCAUUUGACGAUCUAUUAUUCCAUACGGUUCGUCCAUCGAUUUCAGCAUCGUGAUGCUAUACUUUUAAUAAGCAAUCAAAUGAAAAAUUUCGAUUUUGUAUCGAAAAAUAAUGUGCAGUGAGGUUUCGUCAUUCGCAUAAUAAAUUAAGAAAAGUUUAAUAUUGUACACAUUAACCGCUACAUAAAUGUAAUAUUUACAUUUUAAGUAUUUAUUGUCUUGUAUAAGGAAUUUUGACAAUUUAUGAACCGUACAAUAAAAUUUAGUUUUUCUAAAAAACAAGAAAAAAAAACAUCAGUCUAACAAGACAUUUAAAGUAGUAUUUGUAGUCUCAAAAAGGAAUUUUAGCGUAAUAAGUCAAAAAACGCGAUAAGUCAGUCAACCUGAUAUCUUUACAAAUUAGAAAUCGAAACAAUGAAAAAGAUUAAUGUGCGAUAGUUUUUUUUUUGCGAAAGUAUCGAGUCAGUCGUAAUAUGGUCAAUAUUGUCGAAGGUAGUAAGUAGCGUUAACAUUACCGAACAUAGCGUUGGUAUAAGAAAUACUAUUUAACGACGUCUUCUUAACAAGCUUAACUAUGUUUGAAGUUAGGUACACAUAAAUUUUUCCGAAGUAGAAAAUGUUAGUUUUAUUUAUUAAGAUUUUACAUAAAUGACAAAAACACAGAACUUAGAUAUAUAUGUAAUACUAGAAAUAAGUGAGAUUCGCGUUUCUUGCUCUUCUUUUUUAUACUAUCAAAUAACUACGUUAUAAGUUUUUAUACAUAUAUGUUCGAAAUUUUUGCAGCGUGGAAAAGAAAUUCCAGUUCAAAUUAUUGAUACUUAACGUAAUAAUAUUUUUUAUAAGAUUCGUUUAAUCAAAAUGUAAGUUCGAUGUCUUUUUGUAUGUAAUUUUUUAAUUACAUUGAAAAUCGUAUAAAAAUUUAGUUUUUUUCGUUCGAAAAAAUUAAGAAUAUAUUUUUAUGAAAAAACGAUUAUAAAAUUCUUAUUUGCCUAAAUGAUUAAGAUAGUUAUCUAUGUAUAUUUCAAAAAAAAAGAACUGCAUUACCUUUCUUAAAUACUCUUUUAAGAUGAAAAUAUUUAUAAUGAUGUAAAUAACAACUAUAAUUAUCAGUAAACGUAGGACUAUGUAUUUAUAAAAAAAGAAGAGAUGAUUUUUGCGUUAAACAUUAAUUAUCAAAUUACAAAAUUUCAUUUAUAAUUAUAAUAAAAAAUGUACACGCUUGCUGUUUUCUCGUCAUAAUAAUCUCAUAAUAGAAUCAAACAAAUCAAUGUAAUUCAAUGCAUAAUGUUCAUUUUGUUGAAUGCAGUCUGUCGUGCAGAGUGUACAUUUGUCUCAAAAUUGCUAAAGAUAGAUUUUAGUCAACUUUCUAGAAACUUCUUAAACUACAAUUAUUUUAUUUUAAGGUCAAAUGAAUGUCUGUUGUGUUUUAAUUAAUAAAACGUAAAAACGCAAUAGUAGAACAUUCACUUUUCUGUUUCUAUCUGAAAAUUGAUUAUUGUAAAAAAAUUCAAGACAAUGAAUUUCUUGCCAUGAAUGUAAUACUAUCUUAUCAGAAAUGAUUAAUUAUAAGUAUCAAAUCUGGUCUAAUGUUUAAGAUUUUAUUGUUAUUUUUUACCGAUGUGUGAAAUAGUUUAUUGUCAUAAUUUACAUUGAUUAUCCCAAUUAAGAAUUGUAUACAAAGCAAAAGAAUAUUUGUACACAUGGAAAAGCCAAGAAAAAAUAGGUGAUAAGCUGUGAUAAUGCAAUAUGUAUAAAUUAGUAGAGUAAACUUUGAAUAAAAUUAAAAGAUAUUCAAAAAUAUAUUAACAAA